CAUACCCCUGCACCGUCUAACGAGACUACCGCGGCACCCUCCUCGCCCGUCUCGCCGGCACUGUCCGCGCGUAGCUGGAAGAGCUUUGAGAACACCGUCAAGAAGGAUUGGAACAAGGCCAAGCCCUAUGUACAGGGCGCUGCUCAAAUCGCCGGUGCUGCGGCACCAUAUCUUAUGCAUGCACGAGAUGUUGAUGCCUCAGAUGUGGAGCUCGACGAGCGCUCCUGGGCGAGCUUCAAGAAUACAGUCAAGAACGACUGGAACAAGGCAAAACCUGGAGCUGGACGAGCGCUCCUGGGCGAGCUUCAAGAACACAGUCAAGAACGACUGGACAAGGCUAAGCCGUAUGUCCAGGCUGCAGGCAAUGUUGCAGCCGGUGCCGCCCAGGUGGCAGGCAACCUUGCCCCUUACCUCGCAAAGGCACCCAAGGCACGUUCCCUCGACGAUGACGAUUCUGAGCUCCAGUUCCGUGACAUCGAUGGCGAAUUCGCGCUCGACGAGCGCUCUUGGGCGAGCUUCAAGAACACGGUGAGAAACGAUUGGAACAAGGCAAAACCCUAUGUCAAAGGCGCGGCUCAGGUUGCCGCCGCAGUUGCUCCCCUUGCAAUGCGCGAUGUUGAUGUCGAUGAGCUGGACAUGGAUGAACGCUCCAUGGCGAGCGCAAAAGCGGCUGUCAAGGCUGGUGCUGCGAAGGUCAAGACUGCUGUAAAGAACGCAGGUGUGAAGGUUAAGGCCGCGGCGCAAAAGGUUGGCGCCUCCGUCAAGUCUGGUGUCUCUCGGGCAAAGGCUGAAGUCAAGAAGGACUGGCCUCAGGUGAAGGCAGAGGUGAAGAAGGACUGGCAAAAGGCAAAGCCUGUUCUGAAGACGGCUGGGCAAAUCGCGGUUGGGGCGAGCCAGGUGGCCAGCAAUCUUGCGCCGUACCUGGUAAAGAACAGUCGCCGCGAUCUGAGCGACACGGAACUCGAAGAACGUGAAUGGGAGGACAUCGCGUUUGACGAGCGCGACCUAGAGGACCUCGACCUCGAUGAGCGCUCCUGGGCGAGCUUCAAGAACACAGUCAAGAACGACUGGAACAAGGCUAAACCGUACGUCCAGGCUGCAGGCAAUGUCGCCGCUGGCGCCGCCCAGGUAGCGAGCAACCUCGCGCCUUAUCUCGCUAAGGCACCGAAGGCAAGGAGCUUGGAGGAUCUGGAUUAGAGCUGUCGAUGGGCCGGGCAGCAACAAUGCUGUAUAACAUUUGCCCUGUACUCCUCCGCAUCCUCGAUAGUAAUGAAUUCAGACACG